GCCGCCAUCAAAUAAUUACUCUUUUGCCUGAAAGUCUCCUGAGUGUCGUUGUUUCAUAUUUCUGUUCUUAUCCUUCAUCCUCAUCUCGAUUCUUCUCCUUCCUUCUAUAUUUGUUCUCUGUGAAUUAUUUUUGCGGUUUUUCUGAUAGAUACUUAUUACAUUGAUUCAUCAUGGGUAUGUUCAAGAAGUCCGGGGAUGGUGACGACGAGGCCUCGACUAGGCGGGGUCUCUUCGGCUCCCGAUCGAAGAACAAGAGCCCGGCACCUCCAGCGAACCCUUAUGCGAAGCCGAUUCCCAUCGAUCCCUACACCAGAGCCAAGAUUGGUGAGGGGGUUGCUCCUCUUCCUGACUCUGAUCGACCUGGCGCUCCACCCCUUCCAGGCCAGAACAAAUCCCCCGCAGGCCCUCCUGCAGGUCUCCCUGGUGGAAAUGGUUUCCCUCCCGACAACAAAUAUGGCUACACGCCUAACAAAUACGGCAAUCAGGGAGGAUAUGGAACCGACAAAUUUGGCGGUGGCGCUACCCCUCAGACCUCCCGGUAUGGCGCUGGUGGCUACGGAGGAUUAGGCAGUGCGGAUCCCAACGACCCCGCUGGAACAGAUGCGAACAGAGAUGCUCUCUUUGGCGGGGCUAGAGAUAGAGUCCAGCAGCAGCAGCAGCAGAAUGGCCCUCCCCCUCCCUAUUCGGAGGAUACUGGAGCCCCCGGGGGCUACGGUGGCGGAAGCAAUGAAUACAACACCUCGACCUACCAGGAAAGACACCUUACGGCGGAGGAGGAAGAGGAAGAGGAGAUCACAGCUAUCAAGGAAGAAAUGCGGUUUGUCAAGCAGGGUGAUGUUUCGUCCACUCGUAAUGCACUUCGGGUUGCUGCGCAGGCCGAGGAGACUGGUCGGGCCACCCUUGCACGCUUGGGCGCUCAAGGAGAGUCUAUCCACGAUACUGAAAGCAACCUGGAUGUCGCCACAAUUGAAGGGCGGAUUGCGGAAGAAAAGGCGAAGGAGCUGAAGACGCUCAACAAGAGCAUGUUCGCCGUGCACGUUUCCAACCCGUUCACCAGUGCCCGAAGACGGCGAGAGCGCGAUGAGAAGAUUCUCAACACGCAUCGACAAGAUCGGGACACUCGGGAAGGCACCCGGAGUGAAGCCUUCCAAGCCAACCAGCGCAUGGAGCGGACCUUCCGUGAUAUUGAGAAGGAUGCGAACAAGCAGGUUGGUAAGCAAAGGACGAACGUCACUGAGCGUGCGAAGUAUCAGUUCGAGGCCGACAGUGAGGACGAGCAAAUGGAGGAUGAGAUCGAACAGAAUCUUCAUUUGCUUAAUGGUGCCGCUGGCCGGUUGAACGGUCUCGCUCGUGCGACGGGUAAGGAACUGGAUGAGCAGAACCGUCAUCUGGAGCGCAUCACAGGCAAGAGCGACUUUGUGGACGAUCAGAUUGCCAUGAACCGGUCCAAGCUGGACCGAAUUCGUUAAGGCUCCUGCUUUACGUCAACCAUCAAAUUGCGCUAAUGGAGCUGUGGACUGCCUGGUGCUGUCGAGCUCAGUAUAUCGUGACUUUCUUUUGAGAAUUCUUCUUACUGCCAGCCCUCCCAUCAUAUCAUCAUUGGCGUUCAGGUGGUUUGCUUUGUUUUAACUGUCUCUAAACUC